UGAGAGGAAAGUCUUCACAGGGGAAGAAGGAAUCGCUUUUCUGUCCUGAAUCAGUGGAUAGAGAACAAACCCUUCAGCAAGAAGAGAAGCAACCGGAACACCCUUAUGUAAAUGGAUAAUCAGGUCCCUCCCAGGAAAGUUCCAAAUUUUUGUUCCAUCCGUUAUGGAAUUGCUCUCUUACUCCUCCUCUGUAAUGUUAUAAUAAUGUCACAGCGUGUGUGUAUGAGCCUCACAAUGAUAACCAUGGUGAACAGCACAGAGCCACAUGGUUUGUCCAACACCUCCACAAAGGAGCCACAGGAAAACAUAAAGAACCCUGUGUAUAACUGGAGCACUGAAAUCCAGGGGAUCAUGUUAAGUUCCAUCUUCUACGGUAUACUCAUCAGCCAAAUUCCUGCUGGAUAUUUAUCUGGAAUAUACUCCUUAAAGAAAAUGGUUGGUUCUGCAUUGUUCCUCAGCUCUCUAUUUACUCUGCUUAUCCCACUGGCAGCUGAAUUUGGAGAAGCUUUGGUCAUCAUAUGCCGAGUAAUCCAGGGACUAUUCCAGGGGAUAGCAUUAACAACUCAGCAAGUAGUAUGGAUCAAGUGGGCUCCUCCCUUGGAACAAGUCCGACUUACCUCUCUGAGUUUAUCAGGACUUCUGCUAGGACCCUGUGUUGUCCUACUUAUAACUGGAUUCAUCUGUGACUCCCUGGGAUGGCCUAUGGUCUUUUAUAUUUUUGGUGCUUGUGGUUGUGCCUUAAGUCUUCUCUGGUUCGUUCUGUUUUAUGAGGACCCAAAGGACCACCCGUGUAUAAGCAAAAGUGAGAAGGAAUACAUCACGUCCGCCCUCACCCAGCAGGUCAGUUCAAGUGCACCAUCUCUGCCCAUCAAGGCUAUGCUUAAGUCUCCUCCACUAUGGGUCAUUUCCCUCUGUAAUUUUGCUUUUUUCUGGGCAAAUAGCUUCCUGAGUCUGUAUACACCAAUGUUUAUCAACUCCAAGUUUCAUAUUAAUGUAAAAGAGAAUGGGCUGCUGUCUUCCCUCCCCCAUUUGUUUGCCUGGAUUUUUGCUAUCCUAGCAGGUCAUAUGUCAGACGUCUUCCUGUCCAGGAAUAUUCUCAGCCUACUCACCAUCCGGAAACUCUUCACCUUGCUAGGACUUCUCCUGCCUGCCCUCUUCAGCCUGUGCUUGCUUUACCUGAGUUCCAGCUUCCAUGGCACUAUGAUUUUCCUGAUACUUGCUAAUGCAACAGGAAGCUUUUGUAUGGGUGGAAUAUUAAUAAAUGUCUUGGAUAUUGCUCCCAGAUAUUAUGGAUUUCUUAAAGGAUUUACAAAUGUAAUUGGACUAACAGGAGGACUGGUUGCUUCCACUGUGACUGGAGUGAUCCUUAGUCAGGAUCAAGACUCUCCCUGGCUUAAAAUCUUCUUCAUGAUGGUAGCCAAUAAUGUGAUAAGCCUAAUCUUCUACCUUAUAUUUGCUAAAGCAGAAAUUCAAGACUGGGCUAAAGAAACACAAAACACUUAUCUCUGAAGGUAUAAAAGACCUCCCAUUGGAUGAGACAUGGGCUUCCCUGAGACCAAGGUAUCUCCCAUGUAAUUUGGUGGUUCAUUACCUGAAGAUGAAGUGUGUCCUAUUGACUGUGAACGGUCCAUGGAUGGUCCCUGGGAGCUAUAUUUGGAAGUCUCAGUCAUCUGAUAUUUACCUAUAUCAGAGGUGAAUGUUUCUCCUGCUACCCUGUAUCCUCUACCUUUAUUAAAGCCUUACAUGAGCACGCC